AUGAGGGGCGGCGCAAUCUGGUAUGUGUGUGAACUAUCGCCCCGACAUAUCCUUGCAGAAAAGCAACAACCCCCUUCUUCAACUGUGCUCCGCGAGUCCACCAUAUCCGGAAAUAUUGGCCAAGGCUGGUCCGGUUCCAAUCAUUUCCUUAUCAGAAUUCAUACACCUACUCAAAUAUCGGGUAUUCGCAUUUCUUUUGCCAAGGGAGCGCUAGGAUAUUUAUGCUCCCCGAGACCAAUUCUGCGUGGCUCUCUAUUUGAAAAGGACUAUUCAGGGUCACCUGCUGACCCGCGAUUGACACUUACGAUGCCAUCGAGACAGUCCACUGUUCCGAAUUUAGAUCUAAGCACUUCCACUCUGCAGGCGGAUGCGAAGAUCUCGUCUCCACUGACGCCCGGUGCCCAAAGCUCCGAGGGGCCAAGUCCCCUGACACCCCGUUCCCCCAAGUCAUCAUCGAGCUCGCCCUUUUUCAAAGGAGCCACUAUCAGACCCGUCACACAAGAUUCGAACAGCAAGUCGAGUAGCCCUACAUUCCCAGCGGCCUCUCCGGGUAUUGCUCCUGCGGAACCAGCUACUCCGGGUAUCACGGCUAUACCCCAGUAUCCUCCUUCCCCGAAAGACACCCCUAAGCACACGCGUGAUCAGUCACGCUCUUUCUUUGCGAACCUCAAAGCACCAAAGUCAUCACAUAGGGCCCAACGGUCGGAUAGCUCAGGGAAUUCGGGCGAAAAGCCCAAGAGCCGCGGCAGUUCCAGGGACCGCAAAACCCAGAUCUCAACGAAAUUUUACGAAUCGACUCCUGAUCUGCCAGGUGCUAUUGAGCGAGCAGCUCAAGAAGAGAGUCGUGGUGACCGCGCUGAGGAGAAGUGUCCCCAACCAACAGAGGUGAAGAAAGUGGGCACGGAAUCGGAGGCCUUCAACCUAGCCAAGAAGAAUAAGCCGCGCUUCGCAAAUCUCCUCUCUCGCUCCCGCUCGAUCAGGUUGGACGACUCCUCUAUGAACAGGAUAGCAAAUCGGCGCCCAUCUACCAGCCUGAUGAGGCUCGAAGAAAACACCCGCAGGGAGGUGCAAGAGCCCCCGAAGUCUGCCUCACGUCAUGAGCGCGGAAUCAAAACAGCGGGGAAUCCUACGGCUCGCAGUUAUACCGCCGACCGUCCCACGGAAUAUCACAACGGUCACAUGCGUAAAGAUAAAUACUAUGCGGGAUCGAUGGUUCCCUCCGCCUCACUAAGUCAGGUGUCAGGCGCAUCUGCUGCGCUAUUCAAUAACCUCAAACAAUCAUCAAGUGGUGCCGCUGACCGCAUCGGCAAGGCUGGGAAGGGUUUCUUCGGCAAGAUUACCAGAAGCGGGAGCACGAAUGAGCGGGAGCUCGUGAAUGACGACAAUUAUGUUUGCUCAGUCAUCAAUCUGCCACUGAUACAGCAGGCAAGACGGACUCGUAUCGCAAAGCGACUUGAAGAUUGUCGAGACAAAACCGAGUUCUGGAUGCCUGCUCUACCUUACCGCUGCGUCGACUACCUCAAUUUUAAGGGAUGUGAGGAAGAGGGACUCUACCGAGUCCCGGGAAGUGGGAAAGAGGUGAAGCAUUGGCAAAGACGUUUUGAUACAGAACUUGACAUCAACCUUUUCGAUGUGCCAGACCUUUACGAUAUCAACACUAUUGGCUCGAUGUUCAAGGCUUGGCUUCGUGAAUUGCCAGAUGAGCUCUUCCCCAAGGAGACACAAGCCUUAAUUGCUGAGAAAUGCGAGGGUGCGACGACUGCGCCACAAAUGCUGAAAGAUGAACUUUCCAAAUUGCCGCCUUAUAACUAUUACCUUCUUUUUGCCAUCACUUGCCACCUCAACCUCCUGCACUCCUAUGUCGACCAGAACAAAAUGGACUACCGCAACCUUUGCAUUUGCUUCCAGCCUUGCAUGAAAAUUGAUGCAUUCUGCUUCCACUUCCUGGUCUGCGACUGGAAGAACUGCUGGCAAGGCUGCUGGACAGAGAAAGAAUACCUUCAAAUUGAGAAGGAAUUGGAUGAAAAGGAAAAGGCGGCCCAGGAGAAGGAUGAGGCAGUCCACGAUUGUCAGCAAGUUCAACAACCUCAACAAAGCCAGCAAAGCCAGCAACCCCAGCAUCCUUAUCAAGCUCCACAGAGCGACGAAAGAGCUGUUUCUUCCGGUAGUAGCCAACUAGGACAGGAAGAAGAGCCACCGCGUCCCGAAGUACCGAAGAACCGCAAACAAAAACCAAAGAACAUUGAGACCUCACAUACGAGAAGCAUAUCACAGCUUCCCGAACUCGGGCCCCCACUGUCCCCGAUACAGAUCUAA